AUGAAGUUCACCCUAGGCCUGGGUUCGCGGGCGUGGAGAGGGUCCUGGGAGCGGGUGGCGGCGACGGGCUCGGGAGCGGGCGGCGGCGCGCUCGGCAGCGGCGCCCUGCACUUCUCCAGCCCGCGGCCGGGCCGCCCCGGCUCUCGGCUCGCGUGCGCCCUCCCUCUAUGCCUCUCCCGCGGCGGCGGCGGCGCCCGAGCUCUCUCGCACUGUGCCGGGCCCAGCUCCUGCCGCCCCGGCGCCAGGCAGCUGUCUGGCCCGCGCGCCAUGGAGCAGACGUACGGCGAGGUGAACCAGCUGGGUGGCGUGUUCGUCAACGGCCGUCCGCUCCCAAACGCCAUCCGCUUGCGCAUCGUGGAGCUGGCGCAGUUGGGCAUCCGACCCUGUGACAUCAGUCGGCAGCUUCGCGUGUCGCACGGCUGCGUGAGCAAGAUCCUGGCACGCUACAACGAGACCGGAUCCAUCCUGCCCGGGGCCAUCGGGGGCAGCAAACCUCGAGUUACUACCCCCAACGUGGUCAAGCAUAUCCGGGACUAUAAGCAGGGCGAUCCUGGCAUCUUUGCCUGGGAGAUUCGGGAUCGGCUCCUGGCUGAUGGCGUCUGCGACAAAUACAACGUGCCCUCGGUCAGCUCCAUCAGUCGCAUCCUUCGUAAUAAGAUUGGCAGCCUGGCGCAGCCCGGGCCUUAUGAAGCCAGCAAGCAGCCGCCGCCACAGCCCGCGCUUCCCUACAACCACAUCUACCAGUACCCCUACCCCAGCCCUGUGUCGCCCACGGGCGCCAAGAUGGGCAGCCACCACGGGGUCCCGAGCACAGCAGGCCACGUCAGCAUCCCCCGUUCCUGGCCCUCGGCCCACUCGGUCAGCAACAUCCUGGGCAUCCGGACAUUUAUGGAACAAACAGGGGCACUGGCUGGGAGCGAAGGCACCUCCUAUUCCCCGAAGAUGGAAGAUUGGGCCAGUGUGAAUCGCACAGCCUUCCCUGCCAACCCCACCGUGAAUGGGCUAGAGAAGCCGGCCUUGGAGGGGGAUAUUAAAUAUACGCAGUCGGCCUCCGGCCUCUCCGCGGUGGGAGGCUUCCUCCCGGCCUGCGCUUAUCCAGCCUCCAACCAGCACGGGGUGUACAGCGCUCCUGCAGGCAGCUACCUCGCCCCCGGCCCGCCCUGGCCACCAGCGCAGGCCACCCCGCUGGCGCCCGCAGUGCACAGCGGGGAGCUCGCAGCCGCGAUGAAUUUCAAGCAGUCCAACCGAGAAGUGGCCGACCGGAAAGCUUCAAGCCCCGGAGGUAAGGCCCCCGACAGCCUCGGUAGUUUACACGGACUGCCCGUCCCGGCCUCAACCUCCUAG